GCAAAGUCAGUCUGCGCAAAUUAAUAUCGGGGUAAACGGACUGAUGGAACAGUUGUAUAAUACUUUUGGCAUAGCUUGGAGUAGAUAUGGAGACUCCAACACGGCAGCGUUCCUCCCAGCGCACUCAGGGCUCUGAGCGCCGCCGUGAGGGGUCAACCCGUAAAAUGAAGUUUGUAAAUGCAGGUGUGGACACCGAAGCUUUUGCCAGGCGUACGAAGUACCUGCGUGAGUUAUUCCUGGACCCGGAACGUAGGCACGCUCACCCCUGGACUACUAUAGAGAAGAAGAUUCUAUCACUAGACUGGUUCCAUAACCCCGCAAAGUAUAAAAAAUGGCGACCGGAUCAAACAGAAGACAUGGCAUGCCGUUUGUUUGCCAAUAUCGUAUUUAAUUACAGCCACCUUGCAAUGACCAAUGUAGGAUACACUGUUAUCCAUUGCCGUUUAAUUAAUGAGUUUGUUAACAUUCUGGGCAACUACCAGUUAUGUUUUAUGGUAGUUCGCUCAGAAAUUGGCGAACAGCAAACUCAGGAUACAUUAAGGCCAGGAUUAAUAUGGCGUGGUGAGCAAGUGUCUGAGACCCUUGCAGAGAGGAAUGCGCUAAUAUACACGUCGCCCAUGUGCGAGGACUACCAAUGCUUAUACGAAGGUAUAAGCUUCAAUAUACAUACAGCUACCCUUGAUGACUUCCAAAUAAAACCACCUUGUGAAGUUUGCAACGCUCGAAAGAUCGAAUUGCGCAGCAGGUUAUACUUACCUGAAAUAUAUUUCAAGGCUCAAGUUGUUGGCAUGGCUGUAACUUCAGCUGUUGUCGAGGGACGUCGCAACUACUUGGCCGCCAUCCAGAAAGUUGACGGCACCAUGCAUAUAAUAGAUGUGACCAAGUACCUUCAGGUAACCCUUGAGAUAGUACACCAGUGGAUGUUAAUCCACGAUGCAUAUGUCAAACGUGUUCGUGACCUAUACAAAAAUUGUGGUAUAUUCACUGGUAAGUCUGAAGGUAAUAAGGCUGUUCGUCAAAAGGCCAAAAAGGGUUGCUGCACAGGCUGUCUUUUGACUGAAAGUGAAAUGAAGACAUUGGAUGAACUACGUAAUAAAGCCAUGGAUUUUGAACUGCCUAGUACCCCUAUAUCCUUAAAAGGUCUUGACGUCAGUGAACAGCCUUUCAAGGGUGUUGCGAUUCCUCAAUUCUCACGUCAGAGUAAUGUGGAAUUCAUAUACACCAGUAUAGAGAACCUGAGGGUUGUCGUCCCAAUGUACGUAGCUGCCAUGGGCACUAAUAGCAUCUGCUUAUGGGCCAUUGGGGAUGUUAACGACGGUGGCGAGCGCCAACCGCUAAGUGUUAUGCAGUUGCCAAAGGGAGCUAGACCUACUGAUAUCAGCUCUUCCUUAGGUAUUGCCAAGGACUACCAGAGCCUUUUAGCUAACAAGUUCCAGUAUGAGCCGCUACUGUACAGCACAGACGACACGGGAUACCUCCGUAUGUGGAGUUUGGGCUCUAGUGUCUGUGAGUCAGCACUGAAGAUUGACUCCCACGCGCUAUUAUCACUGGCGGUAAAUAAACGGUACCCCAACCUGAUUGCCAUUGGUGUUGAAACGGGUAAAAUAAAGCUUUACAACCUAUGGAAGCAGUGCAUCUCCUUAGUGGGUAAAUCUGCUGACGUCGACUUGCUCCGCAUGACAACUAUUCCCAGCUACCUCCCACACGAUGUCUAUGAGUACGUUAAGUGGUUCCACCCCGUUGUUAAGUUAGUUUGGGUUAACGACACUUUUUUGAUGGCUCAGUAUGCAGAGCCGCUCUACGUGCGCGAGUCGGCCAAUGCAUCGACUGUCGCCAUAUGGAACAUGGCCAAGGAUAUAUUCGACCGCAGCGAUGCUAUCAUGUGCCAUCGAUCUUGGUCACAAGACAUGACACAUACGUGGCAUCUAUCAUCGCGUUUAGUAUGCCUCCACGGUGGGCAUUACGCCAGCCUUGGAGGUGUCAUUUCAUCUGACUGCAAGUGGUCAAAUGAACAUGGGAUCAUUGCGAUAAGCUCUGAUGCCACAGGGCAGUUACACGCCUAUAAACCUGGUGUAUGGACAUGGACUGAUUAUGAUGAUGCCUUCUGUUUGGCACGCCUAACCGGUGAUGCUGAAUUCUACAAGAAGGUAUUGGAACGUGUGACUAAGGAGCAUGACUUCCUGAUGAAUCGUAACGCUUCGGAAGUAAUGGCAUCAUCUGAUUUGCGCAAAGGCCGCAGCAAAUAUAGCCAAUAUAUAGAAAUUGCAAAGAGUGAACUCAAGCAAUUGCAAGAUGGUCAACCGUUAAAGAACGAUAUUGCCAGCUUGCCCAUCUGGGCCAAGCAUACACUACGCCUAAACAACAGCUGCGAAAAGAUGGUUAAGAAAAUUCUAAAGAACAUCCACGAUGUCGAGAUCAUGGAGCACAAUCUGGCGAAUAAUCCAGUUGAACAUCCAACCGGUGUUGCACAGAAUUGAAAAACGUAAAACUGUCCUGAAUGCAUUACACCUUGUUUAG